AUGAACUACACCGAGUGGCGCACCCGCGCCUUCCGCCAGUACAAUGCGGAGGUCGCUGCCCGCACCGCCAGAGGCCAGACGUUUCCCCCUCGGUUCCCCCCUCCUGCUGCCCCACGACCUCGGGUACCGGCUCCCCCAGCGGCGGCCCCACCCCUGGUUGUUCGACCAGCUCCACCUGCCCUUCCACCCGGGAUCCCCAUGGAGAUUGACAGGACCCAAGCGCGAGGCGAUGUCUGUCGCACCUGCUUCCGGUGCGGCAGCCCCGGCCACUUCGCCCGAGACUGCCCCACCUCGGCCGACAUUCGUCACGCCAACAUCCUCAACGAGGUCAUUGCCCAGUUGGGAGGUGACCUGUUGUCUGAGCUCGUUGCCCGACUGGCUACGACAGCAGCUGUUGCAGAUCACAAAGCGGAGGUUGCCAACAAGUUGGAGCAGGGUUUUCUCCCCCGCGACGAGUGA